AAAGGAAAGAUAAACUUGAACACCAGACUAGAAUAUUUACCUUUUUUCUAAUUUAUCAAUGAAAUGAAAUCAAACAAAGAAUGAAGUCUGCCCUGUCUCUCUUGUAGACCAAACCUCCGUCUACAGCAGAUGUUUUUGGCUCCUCCCCGACAGCUUAGUAAAACAUUCCAGCCCACCUCUGGGAAUCUGCUACCUCCUCCUCACACUUUCUCAACUCUGAGUCAAAGUCUCUCCAGGAGCUGAGGAGACUGAGCUGACGCACAAUGAGAGGACUUGUUGUCUUGGUUACUUUGGCCUGCUUGGCCGGCGCUCAGCACCAAGCACUGAUUGACUAUUUGGAGCGGAGGCUGCUCGCUAUUGAGGUAAGACUCACUUUACCUCCCUGUUGAGCCCUGCGCUCUAGUGUCCCUGGGAAAGGAAACUUCCAGGGACUGGGCACAGGCAAUGGAAUGCAGAUGUGGGCAAAUCCUGAGAAAAAUGCUGGAAAAUACAGCUCUGUGAAACAUUAAGGGAUAAUAGGAUCCUUGUCUGGGCAAGGGGACUAAGGAAAAAUUGUGACUCAAAUGCCUAUUAGUCUAAAAAUGGCUAAUAUGAUGAAAAAAGCAAGUUCAAAAAUUGUUACCCAACAGAAAUUCUCUGUUUGAAAGCUUUGAAAGUUUGCUGUCAUCCAAAAUUACAUAACCAAAGUGUUAUUAUUUAACCAGUAACACAUGCUGGACGCAAUAUUUGGAAGACAUAUCUGCUGAUUUGACAUUUUUUUACCUGCAGAUUGAAAUUGAAAAGUGUCUUUUACAGAGCUCCAAAUUUAGUCUCAGAGAUUGUGCACAAAUAUAAAAGAUUAAUUAUAAAGUAUGGUAUUCUCCUUAUUGUAGGUCCAAGGUCAUUCAAACUAAUUUAUCAAACAGAUUUUUUUGAAUGUUUUUUUAUAACAACUCUCUCCGCGUGUUGCUGUUAUGUAAGCUGGUUCAAGUUUUCCUGUAGCGAUGGUUUCCUUUUAUCUCUGUCCUGCAGAGAGAGGGCAGAAGUCACAGACUGCCACAGAGUCCUCCGUUUGGUCUUAUUGUUUUUCAGGAGACACUUGAGCAGGGUGUUUACUCGCCACAUGUGGGUUGAACCUGGUUAUUUGAGGGAUGACUUUUCAUCUUAAUAUGCCCUUCUGUGGCAGUCAGCUUACUGAGCCUUAAAAUAAGAUCAAAAUUAUGGCUUUGUCUGAGUUUUCCAGGGAUGCAGUAAAGGUCACUAUUCAUCCAUAAACCAUGCGUUACUCACUUUCAAGAAAUCAAAUGGGACCACUUUUAACGUGUGUAAAAAUAAACCCUAACCCUAAAAACACUAAUUUAUCACUUUGUUAAAAAAUCAGGAUCGGAUCUCUCUGUGGCAUGAACAAACUACUCGGUAUGCCUCUGAGCUGAGGGAGCUGAAGCAACAGAUGGUUUCUCAACUGGAGAACUUGGACAAGGAGAAAGAGGUACUCAGGAUGAACCUGGACAGUGUGGGAACCAGGGUGGACCGGGUCGAGAGAGAAAUGGAUUACUUGGAGACCCAGAACGGGGCUCAGCCUUGUGUGGAUGUGGACGAUAAGCUGAUCGAACAGCAGGUGACUCUGGUAGAGGAGAAGCAGAGAGCAAAGUAUUCAAGGCUGUCAGGUGAGUUUGAUGGACGAACUCCGUAAGUGGCGAUGAAGAUGACCCUUUUUUUGAGGAUAUUAACUGUCUUGAUGAGAGUUUAAAGUGAAGCCAACUAGGGCUGGGUGAUAAAACAGUAACGAUAUAUAUUGAAAACUAAUUUCCCUUAAUAUCAAUAUAAAUUAUGGUUAAUAUGCUUUUCAAUAUGCCAUGUUUUGGUAGACUAUAUGAAUAGCCAAUGAAAAGGGGAGUUGCUCUGGGUCUGCUUCGGGCUGAACCAAUCAUGUGCUGAGUUAGAACCAAGUAGCAAAUGACUGCGUAGUAGCAGGCUGCAGCUACACGCAACUAUAGAACUUUAACACAUGAAGAAGAGAAAAAAAGAAAAUGAGAUCAGAUGACGAUAUCAUCAACAACACUAGCACGAAAACAUCGGUGGUGUGGAGAUAUUUUGGUUUUUAUGAGGUUGGACAUGAAGCAGAGUAAUAAGUACUGCAAAUUAUGUCGAGUAAAUGUUCUGGCAAAGUCGGGGAAUACCUCAAAUCUUUUUAAUCACCUGAAGCAGUGCCACACAGCAGAGCACAUGCAAUGCAAAAGGUUACGAACCCCGAGCGGAGCAAGGAGCCCAUGGCGCCUGUGCAGCCGAAACAGCCGACCAUUCAGUCCGCUUUCUUUAGCGCACCGCCUUAUGACCAAACGUCGAAGAGACACAAAGACCUCACUUAUUGCAUUGCAAAAGACAUGCUACCAUGAAGAACUCUUGAUUUUCAUUUUCUGUAUUGUGAUAUAUAUCGAUAUCAACUGAUAUGAAAAAAAUAUAUUGUGAUAAACUUUUUUCCCCAUAUCGCCCAGCCCUAAAGCCAACGAUCUUUGUCUGGCAAAAGAUUUUAAAAAUAGAUAAAUAAAAGCAGCGCAUGGUAAAAUUAAACAUCACCUCUUAAAAGUUGUUAAAAUGUUUAAUAGAUGUUUUCCGUCAUACUUUCCAGACUGCAGUGACAUGAUCUCCAGCAUUAAGGCCAUGAAGAUCUUAAAGCGCGCGGGCGCCCCAAGAGGCACAUGGACCAAAGACAUCAGCAGAGGCUCUGGGAAGAUCUACAUCUUUAACGGGACUGAUGACAACACCAUCCAUGAGUUUGCAUCGGUGCAGGACUUCACCCGCUCUCAGGGUUUCUCUCUGUCCAAGAGCCUGAAGCUGCCGUCUUCAUGGAAGGGAACAGGACACGUCAUCUACAACAAUCAUGUGUACUACGUAAGUCAGGAUCAGGAGAUAAAUGUGGUUAAGUAUGACAUGAAAGAUGGCUUUAUGACUGACAGCGCAGUGUUCCCAGAGCGGGACCAGGUCCCUGUUUAUGGUCUGACCCCUGAGACAGUAAUGGACCUGGCUGUGGAUGAGGAAGGCCUGUGGGCCAUUUACUCGACACAGCAGAAUGAGAGAUACAUUUCUCUUGCAAAAAUGGACACCAACUCGCUGGACUUAGAGCAAAUGUGGGACACAAACUGUCCGAGAGAGAACGCAGAGGCAGCUUUUGUCAUCUGUGGUACUUUGUAUGUGGUGUACAACACCCAGCAGCCAGGCCGCUCUCGUGUCCAGUGUGUGUUCGACGUCAACGACAUGGUGAGCAAUGAAGAGGCACCCCUGGUUUAUUUCCCGAAACGCUAUGGAGCCCACUCCAGCCUCAAGUACAACCCACAGGAGCAGCUGCUCUAUGCCUGGGAUGACGGCUACCAGAUCCUGUACAAACUCGCCAUGAAAAAGAAACUGGAAAUUUGAACUAAAUAACAAACUGCACAUCCUGAAACUGAUGCAAAGAAGCCAAUGACCCCUAAAGUACAACACUAGAGUUAAUGCAACUUUGAGCUCCUUAACUACACAUCUGUGUUUUCAUUUACCGCCGUUUCUGUCCAUUUAAGAAGGCAUGUUGAAUUUCAGAUUUUUUUUUCUGAUUUCAGCUACAAAACUGAUGAAACUCACUUCAGGUGUGAAAUCCAGAGACCAACAAUUAAAAGAUAAAGAAUGAACCAUAAUGAUAAAAUAAUGAAAAGGUAUUUGCAUAGGAAGAGUGUUCCAGGAGUUGGAACCUCUCUCUAGAUAAAGGUUUAUCAAGGUUUGGUAUCAUUUGAGCUUCCCACCUGAAGUAAAAUGUAAUGAGAAGAUAGCUGCUGAGAGAAUAAGGACUUUAUGUUCAUUUACUGAUCCUUCCUUCACCAUUCUUUUUGAUUUCAUCAUUUACUGACAGACGUCCAUCUGUGAUGUGACCACUAAACUUGUUUAAUUAUAUUUUAUGAGUCUUUGGUGCUGCUUUACCCACUUUAUACUUGUUGCUGUUUAGUUGAAUUCAUAUUUGUAUGUUGUACAUGAACUACCACACAUACAGGUUUUAGUUUAGACAAAUAAAGCAAACAUUUCAACUUUAAAACAUCAUGAAACCUUUUCAAAUAUACUCACACAGAUUCAUUUCAUGAUCUUUUGUGUCUGUAAUAAAAAUGGAUUUAACAGAAAA